AUUAGACUUUAUUAUGCACUAAGUCAAUAGUUAGUUGCGCCUGUCCUGAAUAUUUAUUAUAUUUAGUUUAAGUUACAGUUGUUCCCACCUUUUCCUUUAAAUUCCUGUAUUAAUUAUUGAUUACUCACUUGACUAAAUUCGCAGCCACGUUGACGUUUUAUGUCGGCGUUUUUUUUGGCAUUGCCUGGUAAGACAUUACCGCUACUUAAUAUGACUUUAAGACGAUAUUUUAUUUGACCCUGUACUUUGUCCUAGUAAAUAAAACAUAAUUAUUUAUAUUGUGAGUUAUAUGACAGUCUUUGAACACAUAUUUGAAAGAUAUUUCCAUAUUAUAGGUACCUAUUUCUAUCUAUACUUAUUUAAUCCUUUAUUAAAGUGAGAGGGAUUUGACAAUUUUUUUGGCAGUUGAAUUAAAACCUAUUCCUGCCUUCCUGCCUAUGGAGCCUUUCUAUUAAUAUAGUAAAGUGAUUCAUUUGAUUUAAAAACUAUGUUACAGUGUGUUGUGUAUAGUAGUAUUUAUAACUCUAGGCUUACAGUGUUUGAUAUACAGCCAUGUGCAUACUUUAAACAAAUAAUUGUAAAUAAUAACUUCUUAGAAGAAGAGAACGAGUGAAAAAGAACAUGUUGCUCAUGGUCCAAUCAAUUAUAAUAAUCUUUUAUCUUAAUUGAACAAUGCAAGCCUAAGCCUGUAAGGCUUAAAUGUAAUUCGUAUUUUUUUCACUUAAAUUCACAUUUAACUUUAAAUGUUUUUUAAAGUUAAAUGUGAAUUUAAGAUAUAGUCGCGUUCGAUACGCAUUGCGCGUCAGUUCAUUUACAAUUUGCUCCGUAAUUUUAUUUCCAAAACUCAGUUUAAAGUAACUACUUAGUGCUAAAACUCACAGUGUUUGUAGAACAGUGAUAAAUCUAAUAAGUGUCCAAAUACUAUUCAAAACUAUCAACGGACUACCGAGAUAUAAACAAAAACAUUUCAAUAUUAAUAAUUUACCGACCGCCGGGCACUCGCCGCUCGGUCGCUUCCUCACCGCUUCACCCGCAACGCACCUCCCCGCCCCGCACCCGCGCACCCGCGCGCCCUGUACGGUGCAUCGCGGCGACGACGACUGCAACGGCCGCGCCAAUCGUAAUACUAUCGCGCUUUGUUUACAUUUUUUGAGAGUCAGCAGUGCGCUAGACGGGUGGAAGGAUUUUUAUCAUGGAUUUGACUUGCAGUGGAUGUGAAUCUGAAAUUUGCUCUACCGACCAAUACAUGAAGUGUUCGAGUUGUAAAAAGUACUAUGAUCUUGUCUGCCUCAACAUUCCAGUACAAAGUUUUAAAAAUUACAAGCCAGAACACAAAGAAAGCUGGAACUGUCCAAGUUGUCUGUGCUCGCUACCCAAAAGCGACAACUCACGUUUCUCAGUAGGAAUUGCUAGCCAGCCACCUAUUAAAACCAUGCUAAGCAACAAUUGCGAAAACGUAAACAUGAAACGUGGUAGUCGAGUAAAAACUACAGAACAAGAAUCCACUACCACAGACACUUCUCUUCUUUUAUCGGAAAUACGGCUACUACGACAAGAGGUCAGUGACCUUAAACAGCAAAACACUGACAUUGGAUUGAAGUUGUCCAAUUUCUCUGAUGCACUAAACCAGAAGCUUGAAGAUUUUGAGAAAAAAAUGUGUGCGAAGGACGAAGAAAUAAUUUUGCUAAAAAGUUCAAUAUUGCAACUAGAACAUAAACUAAAUCUUUCAGAGCAAGAAACCAUGAAAACGGAGCUCGAAAUUAUUGGAAUCCCAGAAGAAAACAAUGAAAACCUUUGUCACAUCACUAUGUUAACUGCAAAUAAAAUCGGCGUGCAACUAAAUGAUCUGGACAUAGACGAAGUCUAUCGCAUAGGCCAAAAAACGCACUAA